AUGGAUCACAUAUCGACGCUCUGUGCUCUCAGCACAGUAGGAAUAGCCACUUCUGGACUGGCUCUCGGUCGCGUCGAACGCUCCAAGUCUAGCAUCUUCCGGCGAAAGACCUUCUCCUAUAACCAAGCUCCUCCCACUCCUUCAGAACAAUCCACCCCGGUCAAUGUGCGCCCCAAGACUUCCCGAUCGGCUCGACCACUCACGGCGGGACCAGACUGGACACACUUUUCAGAAAAAGCGAUUGACGGUCAACAUGGGCCAGGCCGAGAUUCGUUGCAGGGCCCUGAUCUGCGCAGGGCAUCAAUGUCCUUCAGCGCGGCCAGACGUCGCCGUCGCGGUCAAACAUUGAGCAACCCGCCCUUGCGCAUCCCCGAGGAUGAACCCGCCGAGUCGGCCACUUCUCAAGAGUCCCACUCACGCCGUCCCUCGACAAGUUGGCUGCGUCGGCUGUCAAUGGCUUCUUUUCAAACGGAGAGUUCGUCGAUCAACAGCCCUGUCACACCAUCCUUUAAUGGGUCGGCGAGCCCAAUCCUUCCUCGUCCGUCCAGCUCACGUCGAGCACCCAACAAAUUAGUGAAGCGCUCGUCUUCACAACAUACUAAUGCUAAUCCUCUCUUUAUCAAUACGUCCGUGUCCCCGGCAUCCGCCCUUCGCAGGCCGGCGACCAGCCAUCAGCGGUCAGAAUCGAUGCGCCUGCAGUCGCCUCUCGCAAUGGACUUUGGAACCCGUUUCUCGGACAAUUACUCCAUGGAAUCCCCUACCACGGAAGAGUUCGACAUACACUUGCAAACUGACUGGAGGCCAUAUCUCCUCCCAAAAUUAGAGGGCUUUUCAGAGAGAUUGGCCCGAAGGCUAUCUACCACCGCAAGCCCCAAACCUCCGGGCGUGCGACGGAUCAUAUCCGAACCUGAUACGCUUCCUGCUUUGGUUAUGGCAACCACAAUCACCUCCAGAGCAUGUCCGCCGCGAGAUGAUCAAUCAGUGCCCGUCACUCCAGUGAUGUUCCGUAAUCCAUUCCAGACAGAACCGACAACCACCGUUGCUUCUACUGCACUUCCGCCUGAUUCAGCAGCGAUGUCACACGCACCUGAAUCAUUGGCACCGAUAUCGCCGCCGCCGCCCGAGAAACAGGCCCACAAGCAUUCAUUCUCAUUAAAUGAUGUCGAGCCCAAGAAAAUCAUCGUCAACACGGUGACUGCUUCGGGUACUCCGAUCCCCGGCCGCUCUCGCGCUGGGUCUUUGAAACGGGUCAAGGGUAGGACAUUCUCUAUUCCUCGAGCAGAGCUUGCGAAAUUGCACAGCGUAGUUCCAAGUCCCCCGCAAGCCCCUCAACGGCGUAAUAUCACCGAUCCUUCAGUUUUCCGGCGCCCAUUCGUUCUUUCACCACCUGCACUGGCAGUUUCGGCGUUUGGUAGGGAUCAUCUCAUGGCUCCUCGUUCGGUCUCCCAGGAUUACGAUAUUGGUAUGCGUGGUCAGCGUCCACUCACGUCUGAUGCCGUUGCUCUAUCUACGUGGCAGCAUUCCGCACGUCCAGAUAGUUAUACCUUCUCUUCUCUUCGCCGCCGACCGAAACGACACUCUAUUGCGGCUUCAGAUCCCUCGUCCACCGUUAUCGGUUCUGAUGACACCCGUGUUUUCACGUCGGGCGAUGAAUAUGAGACUGAUAUCAUGACUGACUAUUGGGACUCGAUUCGCACGAGAGAGACCAGUGGCGGUGGGUUGAAAGGAUUGCACAUUGAGACGAUGUUUGACAAAGCGGGUUCACGUCUGUCGAAUGAGGAAGUCACCACACUCGAGGACCUCCUCCCGCGCGGUUCCUUCGCCUCGCGUCUGGAACAGGAAACUCCUCUCUUCCCCGACUCCCUCGUCCCCUCGGUGGCCCAGGUCCGCCUGAAUGAUGAGUCUUGGAUCUCGGAGGGAGAUGAAGAAGCUGCAAGCAUGAUUGGAGCACUUCCUGGUGAGCCGAAUGGUCCUCCAGUGCAGUCGCCACUCCCUGGUUCUUCAUCCAAAUCCUCGGUCGGACACGCCGGUUCUUCGUCUGCGAACACUCAGCCGAGCUCGCCUAUUGCCGAAUCAUACAUGAGUCAGAAGAUGAACAUCUUCGACUGGUCUGAGCAGGCCCGCCCUGACCGUGAUGCCGCGGAUACCGAGGCUCGCCCCCGAACCAUGCAUGGAAAGCAAAGUGGCGUUGACAGAGGAAGUCGUGCGGCUUGUCGAAAGGUCCCCUCUUCUAUCCACCUUCGGAGUCAGAGUGUACCCGUGACAAGAGAGCUCCCUCCGAAUGAGACUCGUCAGCCAUCCGGUAAAUUCGGCACCUGGGGUUUGGGAUCCAAGGGGGUGAGCGAGGACUGGGACAGCGACUUUGACUUUGACGACAGCGAAGAGCCCGCGGCUAGUAAUGACACGAAGAGCUCCGAGCCCGAAGCUGCUCCUCAAAGCAUGAUGGUCCCCAAGGCUAUUCUUGAACGGCAGGCAAGCCUUCGAGGUCAGUUUGGCCAGGUUCAGGAGCUCACACUGCUCGUCGAAGAACUUAAGCGGCUUCGGCACCAGGCCAGUGUCUUGGAUCUUGUGACCGGCCCAUCGAGUGAACUGUGGAAAGAGGCAGAAGGAAUCGUUAAUCUCGCAACAAUUGACGAUGACGAGGACCGCCGGUCUCCUCCCGGAUCGCCGUCUUCGCUGACUUUCAGCUUCGACGACUCGGACGAUGAAGGUGUGAGCAGUGCCUCCAAGCGAAACAGUGAUAACUCCUGGCAAGGUGCUCACCAGCAAAACGCCCGGUCACCACCCACAUCACCCAAGCAAACGAAGGAGGAUCGCCCUAGUGGCUCUUGGCAAAGCAACGCGCAACAUGAAACCCGGCUCUAUAAUCCUACACUCGGUCAACUUGCCAAGAAUUCCCCAAGAUCAAAAUCGGUUCUUGAUAUUCUACAACCCAGUCGCCAGACUGAGGACUCUGCUUUGACUCCAGCCCCGCGCACUCAAAAACUUCCCUUUGAUACCCAAUCCCUUCGUGAUCUUGUCGUACGAGCUGGUGUGGUCACACGGGCCUUGAAGGAAGUUAUCCGCAAGGCUGAAGGUGUCGAUUCGAGCCCGAAAGAUGUGUUUCCCUCCGACCCUCCUUUCCGCCGGAUAUUCGACCAACCACAUGACGACCUUGCAAGCUUCGAGGCUGCCUUGGCAGAGAUGCAUUGA